AUGUCUACAGCGGGCUCCCCUCCACCUCCUCUGACUCAGGGUGCUGGGUAUGGUGUAAUCGUUGGCCUCGGCGCGCUCUUCGCCAUCGUCGUUAUCGGCAUCAGCAACGGUCUACAUCGUUUCGGCAACAUCAAGAGGACGUCUGCGGAAUAUGCCAUCGCCUCCAGAAGUCUGGGAGUGGGAUUGACCGCAGCUGGAGCCGUGUCUGGCUGGACCUGGAGUGGUGAGUGAAUGACUCGAAUACAGUCUUUCAUAAGACAAAAAAGUUGGCUCACGAAUUGCCCCCGAUUGCUUCAUUGACUUGACCAGUGACGCUCUUGUCGUCCUGCUCCACCGCUUACAACUAUGGCGUCGCUGGCGCCAUGCUCUACGGAGCCUCCAACAUGUCACAAAUUGCCCUCUUCUCUCUCAUGGCAGUCCGCUUUAAGCAAAAAGUUCCUCAGCUCCACACCCACCUGGAACUCCUGAGACUCAGAUACGGUACCCUUGGUCAUUUGACCUUCUUGUUCUUCGCGCUCGCAACCAACAUUCUGGUCUGCUCGAGUGUGCUCGUCGGUGCUGCAGCUGCCAUCACUUCCAUCACUGGUAUCAACACGUACGCUGCCUUGAUUUUGCUGCCCGUUGCAGUUGCUGCUUACACCUUGCGGGCAGGUCUUCGUGGUACCAGUGAGUACUCUUCGGCAAAAGUCUCCGCGCCAGAUAGAAUGCUGACGUGGAGCGCUGUCGCAUUGCAGUCCUUGCCGAUUAUCUCCACACGGUCAUCAUCUUCAUCAUCCUGUUCGUCUUCUUCAUCGUCGUCUACGGCACUGGAAGCGAAAUUGGUAGCGCCGCACGCAUGUGGGAACUCCUCACUGAAGCUAGCAACAAGAAUCCUUCCGAAAACUACAAUGGCAGCUUCCUCACCAUGAAGAGUAUUGGAGGUAUUGAAUUCCAGUGGCUGAGCUUGCUGGAGUACACUGGUGUCGUUUUCAAUGAUGCUUCUUUUCAUCAGAAAGCUCUGGCCGCUGGUCCAGACACUGUUGUCCCAGGUGCGUCGCAGAUGUGUGUGGGGUGCAGACUUCGCAUUGACUAAUGUGCUCGAACCUUGGCGCCUCGCGACAGGUUAUUUGCUGGGCUCGCUCAGUUGGUUCUCCAUUCCUUGGGCGUUGGCAACCACUGCUGGUCUUUCCGCUCUUGCCCUUGAGACUACAUCGCCAGCUUUCCCGACCUACCCUCGUCGCAUGUCGGAGAGCGAGGUCUCUGCUGGUCUUGUGCUUCCGUACGCUGCCAACGCCGUCCUCGGAAAAGGCGGUUCUGCGGGUGUGCUGCUGCUCAUGUUCAUGAGCUCCACCAGUGCCGUAUCGGCCCAACUAAUCGCCGUCAGCAGCAUCAUUGGCUACGACAUUUACAAAACUUACUUUAACCGCAAGGCCACUCCUGAUCAGAUCUUGCGCUCGCAGCAGUACGGUGUCAUUGGCUUUACGGCUUUCAUUGCCGCCUUUGGCUGCUUGCUUCAGGGCGUCGGCGCGGAUCUCGGCCUGCUGUACAACAUUACGGGUGUGUGGUCCUGCGCUGCACUGCCCCAGCUAGUGUUCAGCUUCUGGCAAAGCCGCACGCCCAAAUGGACCGCGUUCCCAGGCAUCUGGAUCGGCUUCUUUGCUGGUCUGGCAGUUUGGCUUUCGCUCGCAAAGCGCCUCGAAGGAGGUGUCAACGUCACCACGCUGGCAGAGAUGGAUCCGAACAUCUAUGCAUUCGCAACUUCUAUCGCCACUGGUACGUUGCUGUGCACCAUCGGGAGCAUCUUCUUCCCCUCCGACUUCCGAUGGGAGUCCAUCAGCGUCUCUUCGGCGCACGGAGGCCAAGGUGGCGAGACGGUGGAUGAAAAGGAGCUCAAAGAGAUCGAGGAGGAUGCUCGUUGGAGCAAGGAGAACCUUCACAAGUGGCUCAUCAUCGCUCUCGUCUCGGCCUUCACCAUCUUUGUCGUCAUGGUCCUCAUCUGGCCACUCUCUCUGUACAGAGACUACACCUUCCCACUGUCUUUCUUCGGGGGAUGGGUGUGGGUCAGCUUUGCAUGGUCCGUCAUCGCCUUUGUCAUCGUCGGCUUAUACCCUCUCUACGAAGGAUUACCCAUUCUCAUCCUCAUCAGCAAGGGCAUCUACGCUAGGCUUACGGGCAAGCCAAACCCUACCACUGCUGGCGAGGAUGGAGCGGAGAAAAAGUCCGUACAACUCACUGCCGGACAAGGUCAUGAUGCCUCGGGCGAGUCUGAGCCCACGACGCCAAUCGACGAGGAUGCCCUGAAUGCGAGAAAAGGAUCGGCCACUGGAUCGGAUGACAGUCCAGCAGAAGAGAAGCCUGCUGCUGCCGCUGCCCCAGUCUCUCAAAAAGCAUAA